AUGGAGCUGCGGGUGGCGCUCGGGCUGGCGCUGCUCUGCUCCGCGCUGGAGGCGGCGCCGGCCGGCCCGCAGCGGCCCCGCUCCGCCGUGGGGCAAUUCUGGCAUGUAUCUGACCUACAUUUAGAUCCGACUUACCACAUUACCCCUGAUCUCUCCAAAGUUUGUUCUUCAUCCAAAGGAGCCAAUGCCUCCAACCCAGGCCCUUUUGGAGACUUUUUGUGUGAUUCUCCUUAUCAACUUAUUUUGUCAGCAUUUGCAUUCAUGAAGGAUUCAAAAGAGCAGGUUUCAUUCAUGAUUUGGACAGGGGAUAGCCCUCCUCAUGUUCCCGUAAAAGAGCUCUCCACAAAGUUGGUCAUUAACAUAAUUGGUAAUCUGAGUUCUACAAUUCGUAAUUUCUUUCCAGAUCUUCAGGUUUUCCCAGCCUUAGGCAAUCAUGACUACUGGCCACAGGACCAGCUUCCUGUAACUACCAGUGAAGUUUACAAUGCUGUAGCAGAUUUCUGGAAACCUUGGCUAAGUGAUGAGGCAAUCAAUACCUUCAGAAAAGGUGGCUUCUACACUCAGCUGUUUGAAUCCAGUAAUAGUCAUCAACCACUCAGGAUAAUCAGUCUGAACACAAAUUUAUAUUACAGCCCCAACAAGGUAACCGUGAAUAUCACUGACCCAGCCAACCAGUUUGCCUGGCUGGAGGAAAUACUUGAAACCUCUUCACAAAAGAAGGAAAAGGUGUAUAUAAUAGGUCAUGUCCCAGUAGGAUACUUGCCAUAUGCAAGGAAUACUACAGCUAUCAGGGAGUAUUACAAUGAGAGACUGGUAAAGAUUUUUCGCAAAUACAGUAGUGUUAUUGCGGGCCAGUUUUUUGGACAUACACAUAGAGAUAGUAUCAUGGUCCUCCUGGAUGAAGAAGAAAAGCCAGUCAAUUCCUUGUUUGUGGCACCUGCUGUAACCCCGGUGAAGAGUGUAUUGCAAAUGGAAUCCAACAACCCUGGUGUCAGAUUGUAUCAAUAUGAUCUUUUUGACUAUAGCUUGCUGGAUCUUUGGCAGUUUUACUUGGACCUCAGAGACGCCAACAAGAAAAAUGAAUCAAACUGGAAAUUAGAAUACAUCUUCACUAAAACUUAUGGCAUUGAAGACUUGAAGCCAGAAAGCCUAUAUGAAAUGGCCAAGCAGUUGUCUAUGCCAAAGAGCACACUGUUUGAGCAGUAUUACAGUAACUAUAUUGUGAGUUAUGACAAAACUAUUCUCUGUGAAGAGGGAUGCAAGACCUGCCAAAUAUGUGCAAUCCGGUAUUUAGAUUACUCCUCAUAUGCAGAUUGCAUCAAUCAAGAGGCAAUGUGGAGAUGAAAUCCCUGCAGUUAAUGCAGAUAGUGACUUUAGCCCGUGAUUUAAAGAACCUGCUUGUUCUUUCACUUAAGGACUGACAUGCUGAUAGGGAGCCUGUGGGACUUCUCUACAUUUCAGGGGAGCAGUAAAACUCCCUAGAACUUUUCUUGAAAAUAUAUUUUCCUUUAUUAUCUAAAUAAAAGUUUAUUUGCUUUGUAGCAGUGGUCAGAUAUUUUGCUUUGUCUCAAGUGUCCUGUACUCUCUGUGACAGGCAUCCCAGUGUGUGAGAAUAGAAGUUACUCACUCAGGUCUUUGUAAAUCCAAGUCUUAUUUCUCAGAGUGUGUAAACAUAGGCAAUGCCAUUUCAGGCAUGGGAUUUUUAGGAGGGCAGGUUUCAACCAUCUGCUGUCAAAAUUUGCAAACUGAAGUCAGCAAAACCUGCAUUUGCUGAGACCUGAGUGCAGUGGUGUUGAUGCAAUGCCAGUAUUAGAUAUGUCUCUGUGCCAAGUUUUCCUUGUUAAUCCCUCAAACUCACUUCUUAGGGGCAUUUCCUAAUGAUGGCAUAAAAGUGACUUAAUGGAACACAAACCUUGAUCGUGUAAAUGCUUAAUCUAAUUUUUCACAAUAUGUUUGCCCAGCACAGAGUACUUUUUUCUUACAAUACAACUACGUACAUUGAUCCAGCUGUCAAGGAAUGUCCUGGUAUGAGAUUUUGUAGCAGACCAUAUAUCAGGUUUAAAAUGAUCAACAUCAAUAACUGGAUUCAGCAUAUACAUUCUCUGUGUGGCACGGGUAAACAUUUAUUUGCAUGCUGUUUCUUAGGUUUCCUUUUUUUCAUAGAGCAGUCUAGUACUUAAUGUGAAGAUUAUUACAUGUUCAAAUUUACAAUUGCAGAGAUUGUUUCUUCCUCUUCUUACAGCUAAAUAUGUGCACAAGAUGAUGCUAUUAAGAUGGCCCUUUAUUCAGUGUGUGUAUAACCAAGAAGGACCUU